AUGGUAGCAGCAUCAGGGGUUGCAGGAGCAGGAGCAGGAGCAGGAGCAGUAGCAGGUACAGCGACGGCGGAAGAGGCAGAGAUCAAAUCCAGAGACUUCACAGCAAAGCAGGAGGAGGAAGCAGGGAUUUUGCAUUUCAAGUGUGUGUGGAACGAUGGCAGACCCACAAGCCUUCGAUUUCUGUGCGAGCUGAAGGAAAUCUUUGGGACGCAGCUCCCUAAGAUGCCCAAGGAGUACAUCGUUCGUCUCGUCUUCGACAAAAACCACAAGUCUAUCUGUGCUAUAAAGACCGUUGACGGAGUCCAGAAGGCCAUUGGGGGGAUCUGCUACCGUCCUUACUACGAGCAGAAGUUGGGAGAGAUUGCAUUUUGUGCGGUGAGCACAGAACAGCAAGUCAGGGGGUAUGGCACGAGAUUGAUGAACCAAACGAAACACUACUGUAAGACAAGGGACAACCUGGACCACUUUGUAACAUAUGCCGAUAACUAUGCCAUUGGCUACUUCAAGAAGCAGGGCUUUCACAUGCAGAUCAGCAUGCAUAGAGAUAGAUGGGCGCCAAACAUCAAAGAUUAUGAGGGCGGAACGCUCAUGGAGUGUUACAUCAACCCGCACAUAGAUUAUCUUGAGAUCCCUUCCAUGGUGAAACGGCAGCGCAAGGCGGUAGAGGACAAGAUAUCUCAGUUGACCAGGCAUGACAUUGUUUAUCCGGGACUCAACUGUUUCAAAGAAGGGAAGGAUAGCAUUGAACUAGAGAGCAUUCCGGGCGUUCUUGAGGGAGGUCCCGCGCUGAAAAGACAUUUGACUGAGUUUUAUCAGGAAAGAGAAUCCAACGCUGAACUGCUGAAGCAAACUCUGAAUGAAAUCCUUGCAAACACUACGAAGUACGAUCAAGCCUGGCCCUUUCUUGAGCCGGUCAGAGCAGAAGACGUUCCUGACUAUCACGAUGUCAUCAAAGAUCCCAUUGACUUGUCUGCGAUGAGGGUUCGACUUGACAAGGGAUUCUACAAGACAAAGGAAAUGUUCAUGGCAGAUAUCAACUUGAUGUGCGAUAACUGCAAAACUUACAACCCAAAAGAAUCGGUCUUCUACAAGUGCGCGACUGAUGUGAAGAAGUUUGUAGAUGAUGAGUUUCGGCGACUUGGCCUCUGCCAGUGA